AUGACGACGAAGGAGAUGCGCUGGCUUGCAUCCAAGGGCGUUGGUAUGUGCAGACCAAUGACACAGGUUCCGCGAAAGAGCUUGUGGCGAUCCAAUGUGAAGAGAGGCUGGGCAUCGUGGAAGCUCGCUUCGCAUGCGAGCAGCACCCGGUUAUCCGGAUCUUCGCACUGUCU